GAGUCAUCGUGUGUGUGUUUUUUAUGAAUGAAAGGAUCCAACCCGCUGAUGGUAGACUGAUUCCGGGAAAAAGGCGUUUAGCUCUCCAGUCCGUCUAAACACGGGCCGUGCUGCCAUAACGUAUGUCAGUCGAAAUACCGAACCAGCGGUGAGAAUCGUGGACUGAUCCGUUUUCAGCUUCGUGUGAAAUCAGCAAAGAAGAGAAAUCAAAACCAGGUUUUAGAGACACAUAAAUCCAGACGAUGACUUCAGACGGCAGAGCUAGUAAAGCCCUGAAGGUGAAGAGGGAAUGCGGGGAGAACGUCCCAGUGCUGAGUGACAGUGAGCUCAUGUCGCUGUCGGUGCGCGAGCUCAACAUGCACUUACGCGGUUUGUCACGUGAGGAAGUGCAGAAGUUAAAGCAGAGGCGGCGCACGUUGAAAAACCGCGGCUACGCGGCGAGCUGCCGGGUGAAGCGCGUGUCCCAACGUGAGGCCCUGGAGCAGCAGAAGAAGGAGCUGCAGCGAGAGGUGGAGCGGCUGGGGGCCGAGAACGCAGGCAUGAGGAGGGAGCUGGAAGGGCUGGGUGCUCGUCUCGCUGCCCUGCAGCGCUUUGCCAGAGGUUUGGAAUCUGGAGGAGGCAGUCUGCUGGCCACCACGCCCCGCCUAAACACAGCCUCCGUCAUUACCAUAGUGAAGACACCGCAACAGGUGCACACCCCUAGAGAGCAAGGAGCAUCCUAGGGCACCACAUGGAUGCGCAGACACACAUAGGUACACAGACAGACCAUGUAUACUCACAUAUACAGGAAGAAAAACAAGUCCCAGUUGGGAAUUACAGAUUCACUUACGUAUAUAAAACACACAUAGACUGUGUAUACAGUCUUAUAAAUGUCCAAGAAUAAUCUCAGUACUGUUGUUGUGGCCUUGAAUAUCAUGACAAGUGUAUAAGUCUGCACAAAGCUACAGCGUUUAUGCUAUUUAUGCCCAUUACUGUGCUUUAUGGUAAAUAGUCCUAACAACUUGUCUUCAUGUGGGACCACCAACAUUUCAGAAGCUGGUUAGUUUUGCUGGAAUAUCUCCAUGGUAUAUAAUAAUGAAUCGUGGGACUAGAGAACGUGCAGAUCUAUUGAUACAUGCCAUUUAUAUAUUUUAAUGUUUGUAUUAAAGACAAACGCUCAACAACAGACAUGAAAGCUAUUUUAUUUGUGUUCGAAAUAAUGUUUGAAGGUAAUUGUGCUGUGAUUGGUCUAAAUACUACUUUUGAUUGACUAGUUUGGGGUCAUUGUUUUAAUUAUUGUUCUUGUUUACUUGUUGUAAUGAGUUCGUAGUUUAGUGAUGGUAAGGUUAUACGGCCUUAUUACUUGUAAUAUGAUUCAGUACGUGUGAGGGUCAUAUUUGUACUAAUUUUAGAGCGACUUGUUUGUAGUGGUAUUUUUGUAUUUAAAACCAAGACCAUAUAUUAUUUGCUAUUUAUGAUUCAAACGUAUCUGAAUAUUUUGGACAGCUGGAAUAUUAAAAAAAAAUACCAUUUGAGGGAAGGAAGGGGAAUCUGAGGAAGAUGUGAAAAUAAAGGACAAAGGGGAAGAGAGCAGCCAGAAGGAGAAGUGAGCGCUUGCAACUCACAUGGGAGGGGGGAAAAAAAAAGGAGGAUAAGAAAGUGUCAGAAGGAAAGUGAAAGACAAAUGAUACCACAUGUGCAUCACGUUAACCCGUGGUCGUCAGAAUGACUUGCCGACUACAAGCCCGGUUUACUGCAGUAAACGGGGUGACACUGUAUGAUCAGGUAAUGAUCGGCCAUGUUAAACGUGGAUAUCUCUGGUGAUUUUUUUUUUUUUAAAUUGUGUAGUUAGCAAUGUCAAUAUCAGUACUGAGAACCUAACCUGGUAAUAUGCCCACAAUACUUGUGCUUCAGAACAAUGUGCCGACUGUUUUAUAAGAGGGCAGAGCACAAAAAAAAAAACUGAUGUUUGUAUUUAUUAUCUGUAUUUUUCUAUGGUAAAUUCAUUGUCUAUUUUAUAUCAUUUAAUUGAAAUAAAUGUUGUAUAUAUUGUA